UUCGCCCCCACGCCCACACACUUCGCCUCACUCUGCGCCGAAUCGCCGCCCGGGCCGCACACUCGCUCCGCCUGAUCGACGCCUACACGAGAGGGAAAAAUAAAAGGACAAACCGAUAUGGAGGCACCAUCUACGGUGUUUGCCUUCUUGCUGUCUCUUGCAGUUCAGUGGCUUCUCGUGACAGCCAAUCUGAGUGGUGCCCCACCUACCACCACAACGGGCCUUGCUGCUGACACCACCAGUACAAUUCCAUAUGGCGCACCUCACAUUGGAGAGAGCCCCACGGCAGAGCAAGACAGCUUCACGGUGGAUCUGGAUGCACCGACCACAAAUCAACAAGCCCACUCUGGAGAAGGAGUGGAUCGAGAUGGCAUCACGGAACGCCCUACUGCUGCCACAACAGACCUGCGCCCGGUCACUACAUCCCGCGGCUGUAUCGCUCGUAAUGCAGCUGGUGUCUCAGCAGUCCAGAGAGGCAGCAAGAGGCUGAGCGCACACAACAAGAACCCAUCCACUGUCACCACAGAAGCCACGACAAAGCCGGAGACUCGUACUGCCCGUCCCACAAAACCAAAACCCGAACCCAUCUGUCCGGCCGGCUGCAAGUGUGAGAACCUGGAGGUGCACUGCUCACGGGCCGGGCUGGUGGCCUUCCCUGAGGGGCUCGAUCCACGCACCACCUACCUGGAUGUAGGCCACAACCGCUUGACUGCCAUCGCUGAUGAUGAACUGGCUGAGCUGGGCCUCACCAAGCUCACCAGCCUCAUCUGCGAUGACAAUGCCAUCGAGACAGUCGGGCUGUAUGCCUUCCGGGGCCUCCACGACCUGGCACUAUUGCAGCUGUCUGGAAACCGCAUCCGCAAACUGUCCCCAUUCAUCUUUGUAGGCAACAGGGACCUUCGCCACAUUGACCUGACAGGUAACCCCUUGCAGCUGGAGCACGGGCCACUGCUGAUGGUGCAGCAGCUCGAGUGGCUGGACCUCGACCAGUGCAACAUCACGUACCUGGCACUGGACGCGUUUCGCGACAUGCGAGGCCUGCGCUAUCUCAACCUGAGUGGCAACCGCUUGACCUGGCUGAGACUGUCACACUUCUCCGGGCUCAACUACCUGCGCUACAUCAAGCUGAAUGGCAACCCACUGGUGUGCGACUGCAGCACAAAAUCCCUCUGGCGCUGGUUCAAGCAGCAGGCAGUCCACGUGGAUGCCAAGUGCAUUGCCCCUAACAAUGGUACCACACAUUCCUGGAAUUUCUUGGAGGUGCUGCACUGUGUUGAUGAGACCGAAUAUUAUCCACCAUUACCAUGAGAAUUGUCAAUGUUACAAAUACUCUCUAAAAAUCACAGCUCUGAAUGCUGUGUUGUAUUACUGUUCCCCUUACUUUACCUGCAUGUUUGCCAACUUCUGUGGUGUUUUAUCACUCUAUCCUCAGCACAAAGCUGUUCUGAAACAAAGGAUCACAAGAGAUCUUGAGCCCUUAAGAACUCCCACUCUUUCAGAGAUGCCACAUGCAGACCUCAAUAUGGUUUCUUGAGUGACAUUUAUCGUGACUUCCAAAUAUGAUGUCUUGUCCUGGCAUCUUAUCUGCAGUUUCACUCAACCAAAAACAAUAUUUUUUAUAUCUUCCAUUUCCUUUCUGGGCAGUUGACCCACAAAUUCAUUUUCUCCUUCGUCUUCUUCUAUAUGGUACCUAGGGAUAACAAAGCUUGAUGAAAUGACUAAGAGAAGUAGAAAAUGAACGUGAGCUAGUACAUUUGACAUUCAUUAUUACUGGUAUAUCCGAAUGCACAGUUUGUCAGUAUAGACCAUAUCGAUAAAUAAAAUUGAUUAAUGUCAGAAUUCACAAAUAUUCUAAAGAAUGUCAAAGAUCACUUGCUUGUUUCUUAGUAGUCAAAAUAUGAAACCAAUAUGUUCAUGUACAAAAUGCUCAUGUAAAAUGUAUCACCUUGACUGUAAAUGAAUUAAACAUUUACUAGUUGUUGUACAAAGGCAAAAUAUUUUGUUACAAAUAAAUGUUUGCAAAAUUC